CCCAGCACAGCAGUACGGGCCAACGAGCCGACUCCCGAUUCAUCAAUGGCGUCUAGCGACGAGAAGCCUGUUCCGACGCCGGCCUCAACCGGAGGCGACGGCGGGCCGGCGGGGAAGCCGACGACCACGUCGACGAUGCUGCUCGACAAGGGCGCGGCGGCGCUGCAGUCGCUCCGCCCCGUGAAGCAGAUCAAGCAGCACGUGUGCACGUUCGCCCUGUACGCGCACGACCCGCACCGGCAGGUGGAGACCCACCACUUCGUCUCCCGCCUCAACCAGGACGUCCUCCAGUGCCCCGUCUACGACUCCGACGACAAGCACGCCCGCCUCAUCGGUGUGGAGUACAUCGUGUCUAGGAAGAUCUUCGAGUCGCUGCCGGCGGAGGAGCAGAAGCUGUGGCACUCGCACGCGCACGAGAUCAAGACGGGGCUGUGGGCGAACCCGUGGGUGCCCAGCAUGCUGGGGAAGGCGGAGCUGGACCACAUGGCCGGCACGUUCGGCAAGUUCUGGUGCACCUGGCAGGUCGACCGCGGCGACCGCCUGCCGCUCGGCGCGCCCGCGCUCAUGGUGUCGCCGCAGGCGGAGCGCGUCGGCGCCGUGCGCCCGGACCUGGUGAGGAAGCGCGACCAGAAGUACAGCUUCUCCACGGAGGAGCUCAAGGCCGCCAGGGCCGACGUGGAGGUGCCGGCGGAGCCGCGCCCGGGCCAGGCCGACUACUGGGUCCGCCACCACAAGGGCUUCGCCGUCGACGUCGUGCCGCACGAGAUGAAGCGCCACGCGCCGUUUCCGUGAGCGACCCCGUUCCUCGGCGCCAGAAGCGUCAGCACAAGUGGGGUAGAGCGCUUCCGUGUUAGUGUGUGAAACUGUGCGCUUUGUGUAGUUGCGGGCAGAGGUAGCGCCGAGUAAUAAAAAUCAUCUACUGAAUCAUC